UUUUAAAUUUGAAUUUCUCUUUUUAUUAGAACCACCGAGUCACCAUGAAUCCGUAUCGAAACAAAGGAACAUUGGGUGCGAGGGCCAAAAAGCACAAGUGUAAGUGGCAGCAAAAAGAAGCACACAUUAAAAUCAAACAAGAAAUAAAGGAAGAGCCAAGUGACGGUGCCUAUUUGAUUCAGGACACGCCGACAUCACCUCAAAUUGCGACGAAUUCAAUCAUAAAAUCGGAAAGCGAGAGCGAUAGUGAGCUAGACUUGGGAAGUAAGCCGAGUUAUUUGAAGAAAGAGGUCAAAAGCGAAGACGAGUGUUCGAAGAAGGAAUGUGACCCGACGAAGGAUAGAAAUGGAAUGGAAAACGUUGAUCGGAAUGGGGAAAGCUUAAGCAGUUUGAGACCAAAUUCGAAAGGCGGUCAGAACAAAAAACGUCAAGCAAAACGAAAGAAGUCAAAAGGCGUAAAGAAUGACAGAAUGGCCAAAGGGCCAAAGAAGCCGGUUUCGAAGCAUCAGAAGCAACACAAAUGUAAUUUCUGUAAUUAUGUGACAUCGCAAAAAGGACACCUCACAGUACACAUUCGUGCUCAUACCGGCGAAAAGCCGUUCGCAUGUGAAAUAUGUGGCAUAGCUUUUGCACACAAGCCACAUUUGAAUCGUCAUAAGAAAACGCAUGAACCAAAACUUCAAUUUUGUUCAAAGUGUCGUCGAGGUUUUGCACAUGAAAUCGAUAAAAUCAACCACAAAAGCGAAUGUGAACAUCGUCAAUAUGUCUGUCAUCUAUGCAAGAAACCAACUCAUACUUUCAAAUCUCUCAAACGGCACAUGCUAAUCCACAAUGGUGUGAGACCAUUCAGAUGCCAUGUUUGUGCCAAAAAAUUUGCAUGCAAAUCUCAUGUCAUCACUCAUUCACGCACCCACAUUAAAGAACUUCCAUUUGAUUGCGCACAAUGUGGUCGACGAUUCGCCAAUGAAAACGAGAAACAAUCGCAUGAGGAUCAUUGCAAAGGCCGACGAUACGAUUGUUAUCUUUGUCCAUUCAAACGAUUUCGAAAAUAUGAAUUGAAGCAGCACAUGCAAAUCCAUCACACUGGCGAGAAACUAUUCAAAUGUGGUGUUUGCGGAAAGAAAUUUCUUCACAAAGGUAAUCUCAAGCAACAUUUGGCUAUACAUUUCAAACAAAAACCGGUCCAUUGCUCCAAAUGCCUUAUGCCAUUCGCAAACGAAGACGAUAAGAAUGCACAUGAAGGAUGCUGCAAGCGUCGCCUUUAUCAAUGCUACGUAUGCAAAGUUUUAAAGCAUCAAUCAUCACAAUUAAAGGGUCACAUUCGAAACCACCACACUGGCGAAAAGCCAUUUCCAUGCAAACUAUGUGGCGGCCGUUUUUCACUACUUUGUCUUGCCAAUCGACACAUGAAAAAUGUUCAUGGUUUAAAGAAAUGAUUGCGACGAUCAACUACGAUCAGGUCGUAGAAAAUUGCGAAUCCACAAACAAUUAUGUUGCUGCCGCAAAAUAUUCAUUAAACUAAGAAAAAACCCACAUCCAACUUAUUCGAAAACUUUGCUUUGAAUUCAAUAUUUCAUUAAGUCAGAUUA